GCUUCCUGGUUCCCAGAAGGUGCCGGAGCGACUGCAACAGGAACUGAGAGACUGGGGGAGGAGGCGGUGCCGCCGCUCCGCUGCAGUCGCGGCCCGAGCCGGGGGAGCGGAGCAGCCAUGGGCCGCCGCCCGCCGCCGCCGCAGCGCUGAGCGGCCCCCGCCGCCGCAGGGAGAGGGGCCGGCGCUGCGCCCUCGCCCCCGCCGGGCCGGGCGCUUCUCCCUGGGGGGCGCUGGAGCCGCCGCCGGGGGCCCGCGAUGUGACCAUGGACAGCAGGUUCAAGGAAAAUCCAGAACGUACCUUUGAUUUGGUACUGAAAGUAAAAUGCCAGGCAUCUGAAAAUGAAGAUCCAGUGGUACUGUGGAAGUUCCCAGAGGACUUUGGAGACCAGGAAGUACUGAACAGUGUUCCAAAGUUUUGCUUUCCUUUUGACAUUGAAAGGGUCUCCCAAAACCAAGUAGGACAGCAUUUUACCUUCGUGCUCACCGACAUUGAAAGUAAGCAAAGGUUUGGAUUUUGCCGUUUGACAUCAGGAGGCAAGGUCUGCCUCUGUAUUCUAAGUUACCUACCAUGGUUUGAGGUCUACUACAAGCUCCUAAAUACCCUGGCAGAUUAUUUGGCUAAAGAACAGGAAAAUGACUCAAAUGAUUUGUUAAAGUCAUUGUAUAGCCAUCCUGUGCCAAAGGCGAAUGCUUUAGUCAGUUUAAGUGUGAACCAAGAGAUGAUUUUUGCAAGUGAGCAAGUUUUGAAAAAACAGCCUUGUCUUGUAUCGCACUCAUAUUUCAUUACUCCUGAUAUAACUGGAUUGCCAACAAUCCCUGAAAGCAGAAACCUCACUGAAUAUUUUGUUGCUGUGGAUGUGAACAACAUGCUGCAACUUUAUGCCAGUAUGUUGCAUGAGAGACGAAUCAUUAUUACCUCUAGCAAACUAAGCACUUUAACUGCUUGUGUUCAUGCGUCAGCUGCAUUGUUAUAUCCAAUGUAUUGGCAACACAUUUACAUCCCAGUGCUUCCUCCACAUCUUCUGGACUACUGCUGUGCACCGAUGCCUUAUCUAAUUGGUGUCCACUUAAGUUUAAUAGAGAGAGUAAAAAAUAGAUCACUGGAGGAUGUGGUUUUGCUAAAUGUUGACACAAACACGCUAGAAACCCCUUUUAAUGACCUGAACAACCUACCUGGUGAUGUGGUCUCGGCCUUGAAAAAUAAACUGAAAAAGCAGUCUACAGCUACAGGGGAUGGAGUAGCCAAGGCCUUUCUGCGGGCACAGGCGGCACUGUUCGGAUCCUAUAGAGAUGCACUAAGAUACAAACCAGGAGAGCCGAUAACUUUCUGUGAGAAUAGUUUUGUGAAGCAUCGUUCGAGUAGUACUAAGCAGUUCCUGGAAACUGCUGUUAAUCUUCAACUGUUUAAACAGUUUAUUGAUGGCCGACUAUCCAAAUUAAAUGCAGGAAGAGGAUUCUCUGAUGUUUUUGAAGAGGAAAUCACAGCAGGAGGCUUUUGUGGAGGAAAUUCAAGAUCUUAUCAGCAGUGGAUGCAUACAGUGAAGAAAGGUGGUGCAUUGAUCAACACAGCAAUGACCAAAGCCACCCCGGCUGUGAAGACAGCAUAUAAAUUCGCAAAAAAUCAGGCAAGGCAAGGAAUAAAAGAAGUGAAGAGUAAGUUAAAACACAAGGAGAGUGAAGGAGAGUAUGGAAGUUGCAGUGCUGGUGCAGUACGGGCUACUCCUGUCUACACAUUACACUAUGAGAAAAGAGAGAACUCUGAAAAACGAAGGCUGGCACAGACUCGUUUCAACCAGCAUCUCAGUAACCAGGAUUUUGCCUUGGAUGAAGAUGAUGAUGAUGAAAUGGAGAGAACAAGCAAGUUAUCAUCAGAAGACAGUGAAGAAGCUUCUGCUUACUUUUAUGAUAGUGAUGAUUCUGGUGAAACUGGAAUAACUCCUCAGCAUCAAGGAGAAAUGGACUUGCUUGGGGAGAUUUUGGACACACUGAGCACACACAGUUCAGAUCAAGGAAAGCUCUCAGGAGCAAAGAGCCUGGAUUUUUUUAGGUCAAUGGAUGACAUUGAUUACAAGACUGAGAACAAGUCGAAUGCACCUAGUGAGAAUAACCUUACCCUGCUCUGCAGCAAUGCUAAUGAUCAAGCAGAGUGGAACCUUGGUCAGGAUGACAGUGUGCUCCAUGGGAAGCAGCUCCCUCCAUCACCAAGGAAGCCAGUUUCUUCUGGUGGCCCCAGAGAAUCUCUCUCAAGGCUGGAAGAAGAAAGUAGUGGUAAAACCUUUGUUACUGAGAAUAUGGACACCAAAAGUAUGACAACGCCAUCUCUAGUGCCAUCAAGUCCCCAGUUUGCUUCUCUGGAAAGUUUCAAAGCAGGUUAUUCUUCCUAUAAGUAUGCAGAGCAGAAUGAAACACUAAGCAAUACCUCAGAAGGUCAGCUCUCAGCAAGUCUUGCUCAACAUCCAUCCAUUCUGGUCCCUUGGGAGAAAGAUGAGAAGAAAGGAAAUGAAACUCCAGAAGAGGGUGGACUUCUUCAAGAAGUGGUGUCAUUGUGUAAACUGAGCUCUGCUUUUCACUAUGGUUUAAAUAUUUCAGAAGAUAGCUUAUCCAGCAGUAGCAGGGGAAAUAAAACCUAAGAAAACUAUGAGAAGAGAAACUUGACUCCCAUCAGAAUUUAAAGGAAGACUACUCAGGACUCCAUAUAACUCCAUAUAACAUGAUAACCAAAAGUUGAAAAAGGAAUAAGAGAUCUUAGAUUAUAAAAGUAAUUCUCUUCAGUUGAGUAUGCAUUUUCUGCCUUUGGGACAUCACUUCUGUGUUUACCCAGUUCAUUUGUUGGCUGUAGUUAUGUCCACAAAAUGGAACUAAAUGUAUCAAUGCACUCUUAAAUCAGGUACUAGUUAGUCUCUGUGUUAAAAAUACAGCAAGUGUAUGGUGCUUCGUAGCAUUUGCUUCCUUUGAGCAACAGGAAAGGUAUCACCUAACAGCUAACCAGGUUUUGAAGGUACUGUAUUCAUCCCAUUAAGCAUGAAAUGAACAGAGCAAUCUGAUUUGUCUGAAAUGUACAAAUGUUAGUAUUUGUAAUGAAUAAUAAUUGCCUUAAUCUUUUGAGAAGAGGUUUAACUGUCUUAGAAGGUGAAUGCAAAUCUACAAAACAGCAAUAACUAUUUUCCAUGGCAAGAAUUUGCUUCAGCAAAGCAGGGGUGAAAGGAAACUUUUUUUAGAAUAAGGAAUUUCAUGUGAAUAUAACUUGGAACUUACUCCAAACUAUAACUAUGGCCCUGUCUUCCAGACUUCAGAAAGGUAGCGCAUGCUUUUCUCUCUUCUGUAAAGUACAUGAAGUGAUAAAUUAUAAUGUGAUGUUAUUAACUUCUGUUUACAACUAAGACACUUUAAGGGCAUAUUAUCCGGUUUCCCUAGGUAGAGUAUUUCACUUAAAAAUUUCAGAAAGGUGAGUGUAAGUGGAAUUGACAGAUUUCUAUUAUUUUUUAUUUUAUACAGUUUAAUAGUGUUUAAAACUAAUUUGUGCCUCUUCUGAACUAUUUUCUUCCCAUUUUUAUUAACUGUCUUUUCAGAGGCAGAUUGAACUACUGUUACUUAGAAGUGACAUUUAGUUAAAUGAUCAAAGAGUCAUGACUGAAAAUUACUUGUAACACUAGAAAACUAAAAUUGCAGAUUCAGCUGGAGACUGCAUAUAUCCAACUCUCCUUUUUAGCUAAGUUGAACAACCAAAAAUUGCUUUCUAAAUCCAGUGAAGGUGAAAAAAUUGACUUGAUGAUUAGUGUAUUUAGAACAAGCAUUUGGCUUCAUUCUGGCAGCAUUCCUAAGGAAUUUUUGGAUAUUUUUAAAUUCUGAAAAUUCUUGCUGCUAUAUGGAGCAAGAUAUGGAUUUUUUUUUUUUUAAAUUUUCCUCCUGUUUUCUUUUUCCACUCUUCCAGUUUACGAUACAUACAUUGUCCUCCAUGAUAGCUCAGGACAGGAAAGGCAUGAAGUAAGUCUCAGGAGAUUGGAAUCAUCAGCCUUGAAAGGUAUUUGCAAUGCAGUUGGCAGAAGUAACUCACGAGUAUAAAAUGAACUGUGCCUGAGAAGAAUGCUCUUCUACUCUUCUAAACUCAUGUCAGAAACCUUUUUUAUUCCUUUUCCUCUUUGACAUGAAUGAUGAGUCUUAAUCUCAGUAUGGACCUGAGUGAGCAUGUCCCUGAGGUCAGUAUUUGGAUCAGAUUGUGCUUUAAUAUCUUAGUAGUAGUUUUCUGCAAAGUUUAAUAUCAGUUGCCUACUGAGAUUUAUGAAUAAAUUUUCCUUUUAUCUAACACAAAUCAAAAGUGGUUUUUUGAUUACUUCACUAGAAGGCAGCUGAACUAAGGGUGUGGAUCCAUAUCAUUACAGGGGAAAUGCUUGAUGCUUUACCAAAGAAAUGCAGUAGAGUGAGACCUUGGCUUUGUUAAUGCAAAAAUUUCCGGAAUGAGAUGGACUGGGUCAGAGCUUAUCAUUAAGAAUGAGCCUUCAGAAAUACUUUUUUAAAAUACUUUUUUUUAAAUCAGUGCAGUUAAGAUUAAAAACUUACAGAAAUACCUAUGUCUCAUUAUGGCAUGCAUCACUGGAGAAUCUCAGUAUUCCAGAGUUAGGGGUUGUAUGACCAGAGGUCUGUACUCCAAAGUAUUUAUCUAUCCCACGGAUUCCUCUUGUGUAUCAACAUGAUAUAUUUUGGAUUUUUAAAUAACAUAAUAAUGUUACAUGUCAAAGUGUUUUGCACUAUUAUAAAUCAAAAGUGUCAUAAAAAUUAUUCUAAAUGUUUGCUCUAAACUUCCUGUGUGGGUCAGACCACAUAGCUCAGGUGAUGUUCAGAUGAGAAAGCUGCAGGGCAACCUCAUGGACACUUGUUAGAGGUGGUAUGAAGGACUCAGUAGAGAGCAUUCUUCUCCUUUGUUGGUACUAAACCAACCCAAACUUAGUGCUGCCAAGUGUUUCUGAGAGAAGAGAUGCAGGACAAAGAUGUUUCUUCUUGUUGCACUUCUCACUUGUUCUCAUUCAUGUCCUGUCCACAGUUCCAUCUAAAAUGACUUUUUGUUCUCUUCAUUUAUUAAAGGUAAUAAACAGUAUUAAUGUUUUAAGGAGAAAAAUAGAAAAAAAAUAUUGAAAUUAUGGCCAUCAUUACUUUCAAAAUCAUCAAACACGUAAGUCCAGAAAUGCUGCCAGAAAAUGUUUUUCAAAAAUGUCUAUCUGAUAGAAUAAAUCUUACUGGCUUUACAUGACAGGCACUGAAUUCCUAUUAUCAUUAGAUUGUCCCAUUUACACCAUUGUGGAAAAAAUAUGGAAGCCAUGUGAGGCUGCUAAUAUUCUUACAGUUAUUAGAAGGAUCAUAAAAUUGAAAGUUUGAUAGUGGGUUAUUUAAAAUUUGAGAAAUUAUAAUAAUCAACAUUGUAGUAAUUCACUGUUCCAUUGAGAAAAUGCAGGCUGAAGGGAAGUAGAUGGAACAUGAAAUUCAAUGUAGAAUUAUUUUGCAGUCAAAAUGUUGGUUACUGUGCUUAUGCCACAUUGUUUCCUUACUGUUUAUAAAGCCCAUAGAGUGUUUAAAAUAAUUAAAUAGUAUGUCCUUUUUUUGUUUUGGACCUUAUAUAAGUUAAAAAAUAACUCAGUCCUUUAUCUAUGUUGAGUUUUAUUUAACUGUAGGUACAUUUUUAUCUCUGAAAUGUUACAGAAUCUGUUCCACUUACUAUCAGUAAUCUUUCAAAAAGGCUAAUUUUUGUGCCUUAUUUAGACAGAAUUGCCAGUUACCAAAUAGAUAAGAGUCCAAACUGAUAUAUCCAGCUCAACACUGUUGUUCUCUGUCCUUGUGAAAAUAUAAAAUUGUUUAUUGGCUACAUAUACAGUAUUUUUAUUACCACAUUGGGUUCUAUAUUAAGAGAAAUCGUCCAGGUCCAGUGCUUUUUACAAGUUUUGUGCUUGUAUGCUGUUUAUUUGUGGAGAUCCUUCUAAUGUCUUUGAAGAUCAGCAACAUUCAUCACCAGUUACUGGUGAGAACUGAAUUCUGCUCAUUCAGAGCUCAUGUGGUCUUCUUCAGAAGCAUCUCUUUUCUUCAGGAGCUCAAAAAUCUUCCCAUUUCUCCUGUUAAAGGGAGAUACCAGGUUAUUUGAUUAAGCUUUGUGAUCUGUUACACAUAGGAACAAAUUUCUGGUGAAGAAAGUCAAACUAGGACUUGAAUCUUUGUUUUGCAUAGGUGUCUGCCUGACAUAAACUGUAUCACUUAUCUGGUUUGGGGAAAAAUAAGUAAGGGCAGUAAAAAGAGAUUCCUGGGUUGUUCCAAUGGGGUGUGGUGAAGCAGGGCCUUGGAGUCCUCAGGGUGAAUAACAACUCUGAGGAAAUCCAGAUUUCAAGAUACUGUGUAAUGUUCUAGCUCAGUUGUAGUGAUUCCAGGCCAGCCAUGUAGGCAAAGGUAAUAUUGCCUAUGGAAUUAAUCCCCUGGGGGAUUUACAGAAUGAAUAAUAUGUUGUCCCAGUCAAAGCCUUCCCAUCCAUGUGUGUAGAGAUGCAACAUGUGAAAACAGCACAGAUAACUCCGGGAAGGACAGUACUGUGGAUGAUCCUUUCCCACCCUUUAUGCAUGCAGAUGGCAGUCUGUGUAGAGUAGGCAGUGGUUUGCUCUUCCAGUCCACAUAUUUGGGCAUCAUGUAGCUCCGUAAAAUAGACUUGUUCUGAAGGAAAAAUGUAGCUGUAGAUGUUGUGAUAGAAUUUGUUGACUGAACCCUUUGUUGUCAUUUAGCAUUUCAGUGCUGCUGCUGCUGCUGUUUGGGUGGGGUCAUCAGAAACUCUCAGCACCAGCUGCAGUCCUCUCUCAGGCAUUGUAACACAGACCUCAGCUGAAGUUCAGACAUGUGCUGGGGGCUUUUGAAAAUCCCACCCAAUCUAUUAGAGGAGUGUUUUAGAUUUCAAAAGUCUGUUUUAGAUGUCGUUUCAGGUUUUAGAAUGAACUAGUUUGCAACCUCGUGUUCUUGUAAAAGAUGUAAGUCUAAGCAAAAAGAACAGUUAAGCCAGUUUUUUAAACAGCCUCUAUUUCAUCACCUACAAUCAAUCAUAUUCGGUCCUACAGAACAAUCUUUCAUUGGUGCAGCUGUCUAAUGUAAUUGCUAGGAGCAUCUAAAAUCUUUUCUCUAUGCAUGUAAUUAGUUGAGAAACAUUUCAUGCAAUAAUCAAAGUCCCAGCAUGAGGCCCUUUUGCAAAUGCACCCCCUGUGUGACCCUGUUCUGCAGAAGGGGGCCCCAGAACCGCCAACCACCCUGACUGCACAGGAGGAGGAUCAAGGGAGGGAAUCAGCAUCUUUUCUCUUGGUGCCAGGCUGUAGUCCAGGUGCUGUAAGACUCCAGCCAGCAUGUUCCCAACAUCCCAACAUUUCAGGCUAAACGAAUGUGGCUAAUAAAAGUAUGCCUGCAGCAAGCAGCUUCCUUAUUGCAAAGCUCAGGAUGGUGAAGGCUGUGUGUGCACAUGGUAUCGUGGUCAUUUUUUGGAGAAUGAAUGUAGAAAUAAAACUGCACCAGCAAAUACAAUGUGAAUGGUGAUGUGACUUGUCUUCAGUAACUUCUUUGCUGCUAUUAGAUGUGUGUGUCUUUGCCAAGCGUUACGUGUUAACAGAAUCUGGGCUGAAUAGGAUGUGUCCUCAUCUUCACCCCUAGAUCAUGGACCACAGCUGGUCUAGAAUUCAUGAUAUUAAGGGAUUGAAAAUAAAAGAAUGAAAAAGGGAUUGUACAUUUUUCUGCGCAAAACCUUCCUUGAUUUGCUUUGCAGUGUGUGUUACGGUUUUAGUCAGUGGCCAAUUGAAAGCACUUGAUAGAUCUUUCCUGGAAGCUGCUAAACUUCUUCUAAGUAGGGUUGCCUGUCUAGUCCACAGCCACCUUCGUCUAGAAGACCAUCUGCCAUCCGUGUAGUUGUCAGGGCCAUUGCCAUUUUCUGCUGGGUUGGAGUAUGAAGCAGGUAACACAGUUGGAAGUUACUCUGUAACGUUUACUGUAGUAAAGGGUACUCAAAUUAAUUUGUACUAUUACUUAGGUCAAUACUAACAACAUUUGUAUUUAGAGUCCAGUAACAGUAUUAGCAUUUGAAAAAUAAGUUCAAGUUCAUUGAUGUUUUUUACGAUUCUAUGUGAAUUGACAUUUUGUUUCUGUUAAAAAUAAGGGAGCUACUUGGUUGUGGGGGGAAAUGUGUUGACUUUCAAAUCUUCAGUGAAUUUUGUGCAAUAUUUUUCCUUCUUUCAAAGUGAUUUAGUAGUGCACAUCUGCUUUUCAAGCAGAUCCUUGAAAUAGUAUUUUUCAAAAGUAUGUAAAAUUGCAUGUAGCUUUGAAAAAUGGUUGUAUGAUAAAAACAGAAUAUAUUCUAAUGAGGCAAAUGUAUAUUUCAAAUGACUGGAAAUGAUUAUGGAUGUCACAUUCUACAGAAAUAGUAAGGCCUAAAUCAAUGUUUGCAUUCCAGCAGUUCUAGGUAAUUCUUAAACUAUAGCCUAGUUAAAUUAAAAUAAAGUUUAAUAUUAGAAUUUAUGGUGUUUUGCUUAUCAUUUGCUCAUUUGUUUAUCAGUGAUAAAAAGAUGAGGAGUUAAACACUGCUUUUUGGUACCACCACUGAAGUGCGAGUUCGUACAUAUGGUAAUGACCGUAUGUAUUAAGAAUUGAGUUAGUGACAUCCCUAAUUAUUAAAAGUCAUUACUUAAAAUAUCUGCUAAUGUUGCCAGUAUCCUUUCAAUUUUUUGUAAAUUAAUUUUUUUUAUAUAUUGUUGUAUAUUUUGUUUUAACCUUUCAUUUUCCCUUGAGAACUUCUUUAAAUUAAUAUACUUGAAGGCGGCAAUAAAGCACUGUGGAACAGCUAGUCUUGGUGCAGCUUGCACACAAGCACAUCACAUCUGUUACUUCAUGAUUUUUGAGAAGGAAGAGAAAUUGAAAAUGCUUACAUGUUUAGCCAGCUGACAAUUUGUUUUUGUUAUUUUUCAAUCUGUGUCAGAUACAAUGAGAAAUGCCUCAAGAGAACAAGAAACAUUAUGUAUCUCAACACUUCUAAUUUUUUUUAGGAAUUUUUUUGUUGUGUCCUUUGAAAACUUUGAAAACUGAUGUCCUUGUUGUGAGCCUUUAAUACAGGUAGGAAAGGCAUGAGGUACAGGAUGUUUUGAGGUUUUAUUGAUAAUUUUAAUAGUUUUGGAGAUUUAAAAGCAAACAACCAGCAUUGUCCUAAUAGUUUAAAAAAAUAGUUACUGACCUUUAAUAAAACUAGAACCAAAUCUAAGAAUUUACUCUGUGCUUUUGCACCCUCUGGACUACUGUUCAAAGUCAUCUCAAGAACUGUCAUUCAGACCUUAGACUACUGUCAGUAAUGCACUGUGUAGGUGUAGUAAAUGAGCUGUGAUGUGUGCUGUGUUUUGGGGUGUUUUGUUUUUUUUUUUCCCUUCCAAGUUUGUGGCGUCACUAGAAGUUUUUGGUCAACCCCACAUUGCCAUAAAGUGCCCAACACUGUACUAUAAAAUAAAACUUAAAAAUAUCAAAAUUC